GGUCGUAUAGAAAUCGAGAAACAGCUGUGGAGAUCGAAAGAUUCCGUUCCGUUCUCUUCGAUCCACUCCGCUCUAUCUCUCCCCUGAUCGCGUUAUCUACGAACCCUAGAUCCCCAAAUUGGCGAAAUCGAAGGGGUUUUUCGUCGGAUCGAGCGAUUAGGGUUUCGACUCGGACGCGGAAUUCUGGUUCUUGGAGGUUCUCGGGGAUCGAUGGCGUCCACGGCGGCGGAGGUGGAGUAUGAGAGCGACCCCGAGGACGCGCCGCUCCCGACGAUGCGGCGGCGCGAGGCGGCGAGCGACGACGAGGACGGGGAGGAGGCGGCGCCCCCGCCGCCGAAGGAUUUGAGGGGUCGGGUGGGAUCCGAUGUGGAGUCGGAUGGGCAAGGUGGGGCGCAGGUGUACGACGAAGAGGAGGAGUUCGAGGAGGAUGAGGGGUUUGAGGAGGAAGCGGACGAGGAUUUGGAGGAGGCAGAAGAAGACGAUGGAGGGGAAUUCGAGGAAAGGAGAGAGGUUGCGGCGUCGAAGACGGUGAGCGGUGGCGAAGCGGGGAAGGAGACGGUAGGGGAUGAACAGGGGGAAGAGGGAGAGGAGAAGUUGGAGAAUGAGCCCUAUGCGGUCCCGACCACCGGAGCUUUCUACAUGCACGAUGAUCGGUUUCAGGAGAACACGAGGGGGCGUCACAGGCGAAUGUUUGGUGGAAGGAAGCUGGAUUCGAAAGAUGAACGUGCCUGGGUGCACGAUAGAUUCGAAGAAAUGAAUUUACAAGACACUCGUUAUGAUCAAGAAAGACGAAGGUCGAGAGGUCGUUUUAGAGGUCGAGGUGGUGGGAGAACUCGAGGCGGUGGUCGUGGUUAUUACAGAGGUGGCAGAUCUCGUAACUAUUAUGAUGAUGCACACAAUCAGAACCGGCCUCCGAAGGUUGUAAGAGGGAGAGGGCCUCGACGCUAUGAACCUUCCACAAAGAAUAAAUCUGAAAAUUCCACAAUUCAACCCAAGCAAUCUGCGAAGCCUCAAGAAUCAACACCAAAUGCUAGUGCAGCGAGACAGCCUAUUGAAACUUUAAAUUUCCACCCGGAAACAGCUGCUCCUAAGAAGCAAGCUUUCGCUUCAAGUUUAAAUUCUGCUUCACCACCAUUUUACCCUUCCGGAUCAUCCAACCAAGAAAUCUCUGUGGCUCAAAUGAAGGAUGUUCGUGGUGGAAAUUCUAAAUCGCCCAUUUCAACCUCCAUACAUAUGGAGUCUAAUGCCACUAUGCCACAAUCUGGCUCGGUACUAAGAGGGAAAGCAGUUGUUGAUACUGGUGGACAUGAGACAGUAUAUAGUGACGAUUCUCAUUCUCAUCGAUCAGGAUAUAUGUUGCCAUCAAAGAAUGCUGGUCAAUCUUCUAAUCCUAGGAUUCAAGGUCGAAACUUAAGCAGUGGUGGCUUUUUAGCAAAUCAUACCUCAUCGCCUCACCAAGUUGCCAGGGUCUCUUCCCAAAGUCAGGCUCCAAAAGUAUCCCCUAUUGUUCAACAGAGACCUGUUCAAACUGGCAGUCAACCUGCUUUACGAAGUCAAUCUGGCAGUGGAAAUCAAGCAUCACCACCACCUCAACAUUCAUCCACGAAUUUGGUGGAAAAUGGGGAAACUGAUUCACCUUCCGGUUCGAAUACAUCUAAGACUCAGCUGGUUGGAAAGGGAAAGAUAACCAGUCCGGGAACCGGAAGGGGUUCUUUCCUUUACAGUGGAGCUCAGGUUAUUGGAGCAACUGGAGCCAUGGGCCUUGUCCAUGGUGAUCAAGGUUUUGCUGGCGCUCCAACACUAUUGCCAGUUAUGCAGUUCGGAGGGCAGCAUCCUGGUGGCCUUGGAGUUCCUGCUGUUGGUAUGGCUCUGCCAGGAUAUGUGGCCCAAUCGCAGCUUGGUUUUGGCAAUUCUGAAAUGACUUGGGUGCCAGUAUUGGCAGGAGCAGGUGGUGCUUUAGGAGCAUCUUAUUGUCCACCGUACAUAGCUCUUGAUGGCAGCUACUAUGCACGUCCUUCAGGACAAACAUCCUCAUCAGCUUCCUCCAGAGAAACUAGUACAAGCAAAGCGUCUAGUUCAACUAAAUCCCCACCUAGAGCUGAGCUUGUAAAUGAGGAACUUGGGCAGCGCCAGAAUAAGCCACGUAGAUAUUCAGAAAUGAACUUUGGCCAGUGAAGUACAUAGAUAAGAUGAGUGUUUCUGAAUAAGCUGCUUAUGGCAAUUACUCGAGCCCUUUGUGAUCUUCAGCUUCUGCUCUGGAGCACUUUGGGCUGCCUAAUGUCUCAAAAAUAUGCUAGGUAUACAAAUGCAGUUCCUGCUGUAAUUGUGUUGCUGCAGGGAUGGUGGUAUUUUCUUGUUUGACAAGUGAUAUUGUGGUGGAGCUUGUGAGAAAUUGGUUGCGAGCUUCUUUUGAGUGAUGAAAAAGCUUGAGAACAGUUUGGAUAUGUGUUUUAUUUAGUAGCUUUGUUUCUGGUGGUUUGCUCUGAGUUAAUCUUGCUUUGUAGAACUUCACGUGUUCUCAGUGUAGUGGACCUUCUUCAGUAUGUAUGGUUUAUAUGAUUGAAACUUACAAGCAGCUUCAGCUAAGAGGAAAUGGAUGCAGUUUGACCUUAUCUAUUGGGCCUUUUUUUCUCUCGCUCUCGAUAAAUCACACAUCAGCACGCUCGCCUGCGCCCGCAAGCGAGUUCGCCCAUAUGAACGAAUGCUCUGUCAUACUGAGAAACUAGUGAUUGCAUAAUAAAUUACAUUAUUACUAGUAGAUCGCUUUUAUAUUAAUCUUAUUUUGUCAACAACAUUUAUUGGAUGUAGAACUCAAUAAAUGAGUAUUUCGAUUGUA